UCCAUCAGCUGCAAGGGAAAACAUCCCGGUCCUCGCCCCCCAGAACGCCCCCGCCGGGGGCUGCCCGCCCGGCACCCGGACCCCGCUCCCCCGCGAUGGGUUUGCGGUACCGGCGUGCGGUAUCCUGGGAGAAAGCGAGGGCUGUCGGGGGACCUGCCGCAAGCCGGUGCCGCCGGGACACGGAGCUCCCCGCGCCGUCCCCCCGCGGGCCGGGGAGGGGCGUCGGCGGGGGCAGCCCCCGGCAUUGAUAACCCCCGCGCCCGCCGCCCGAGAGCGCAGGCGGUCGCGCAGCGCGCCGUGAGUGCCUCGGGACGCAGCGGGAAGCAGCAGGGGCGCGGAGGAUGCGGCCGGCCGGCGGGCCCGGCGCCGGGACGCUCCGUCGCUGAGGCACCGGAGGAGGCUCCCGCGGCGCCGAGGAGAUGAGGCUGCCCCUGGCGCUGCUGGCCCUGGCCGCACUGGGGGCCGCCGCCGCCGGCGGGACGGGUCGGGAGGCGGCGCAGGCGGGCCGGUUCUCCACGCCGGAGCGGCACCGGUGCCGCUGGGAGCUGCGCUGGGCGGCGGGGGCCAGCGAGCUGCGGCUGAGCUGCUGGCCGCCGGCGGGCGGCGGGGCGGCGCGGAGCUGCGCCUACCGCGGGGAGCCGCGGCGCUGCCCCGCCUACGGCGCCCGCAGCCGCCAGUACUGGCGGCAGGUGCUGGGCAGGCUGCGGCGGCGGCGGCACCCCUGCGCGCCGGGCGGCCCGCUCAGCGCCCGCCUCUGCGGCCCGGGCCGGGCGCCCCCCGAGGCGCAGCUCCGCCUGCUGCCCGGCCCCGGCGCCUCCCCGCCGCCCGCCACCGCGGGGCCCGGCCAGCACCCGGCGGAGACCUACUGCGCCGAGCGGUGGCACUCGCUGUGCAGCUUCUUCGUCGGCUUCUGGGAGGGCUGAGCCUCCGCCGGCCGCCGCGCCCCGGCCCCCCAGCCCUCCCCCGCCCGCCUCGGUCCGCGCCCCUCUGUCCCCCUCCAAUAAAGCGGUGACUUUUGUGACUGACAA